CUUCGUCGCUCUGGUUUCAUUUGUUUUUGCUUCUUCUUGGCUAAAAAUUUGAAGAGGAGAGGUGAAGUAGGGUUUUCCGUUUUUCUCUGCCGCCGCCCCAAGCUCCUCUCGUCCUUCCCUGACGAUGGCGGUCUCCUCCGGCUGCUGCCUCCCGAAGUUCUUCCCCGCGGCUUCCGACUGCCGCGGUGACUCCGGUGCCCUCCCCCGCCCGGAGAUCCCCUCCGCUGCCGCCGCCUCCUCCCGCCUCCUCUCUCUCCGCUCCCGGGCCUCCGGCCUCUCGUCCACCCUCAUCCUCCGCUUCCCUCCCAACUUCGUCCGGCAGCUCAGCACGAAGGCCCGCCGCAACUGCAGCAACAUCGGCGUCGCCCAGAUCGUCGCCGCUUCUUGGUCGAACAACUCUGGCCUCCCGGAAACCCCACUCUCCGCCUCCGCCGCUGCUGAUGCUACGGCGACGGUCGCGAUCCCCGUUGAGGCAGACGUUGCCACUCCCGUCGGUGGUGACGGUACCAGUACAGAGUCUCAGAUCCCGGCAGCCGAUUCCAAGGCUGCCGCAAUUGCAGCGUUGCUGAGCUCCGACGGGAGCCUAGCAGUUCAUGCCGGCGAGAGAUUAGGGCGUGUCAUAACCACGGAUGCGAUCACCACCCCUGUCGUUAACACCUCUGCCUACUGGUUCAAGAAUUCCAACGAGCUGAUUGAUUUCAAGGAGGGGAGGCAUGCGAGUUUUGAGUACGGGCGAUACGGAAACCCAACCACAAAGGCUUUGGAGGAGAAGAUGAGUGCGUUAGAGAAGGCUGAAUCUACCUUAUUCGUGUCAUCGGGCAUGUACGCUAGUGUUGCUAUGCUUACCGCACUGGUUCCUGCUGGUGGGCAUAUCGUUACAACAACCGAUUGUUACAGGAAGACCAGGAUAUUCAUCCAGAAUGAGCUUCCUAAGAUGGGGAUUUCGGCCACUGUAAUUGAUCCUGCAGAUAUGGAUGGCCUGAGGGGUGCUCUGGAUCAGAAUAAUGUAUCUCUUUUCUUCACGGAAUCUCCAACUAAUCCAUUCCUUCGUUGCGUUGAUAUCGAGUUGGUUUCAGAACUUUGCCACAGUAAAGGAGCACUGGUUUGCAUAGAUGGUACCUUUGCCGCACCUGUCAAUCAGAAGGCCUUAACUUUAGGGGCUGAUGUUGUUUUGCAUUCUGCUACUAAAUUUAUUGCUGGUCACAAUGAUGUUCUUGGAGGUUGCAUUAGUGGUUCAGAGGAAUUGAUUUCAAAGAUUUGCCUGUAUCAUCAUGUUAUUGGUGGUGUUCUCAAUCCUAAUGCUGCGUAUAUGAUCCUUCGAGGUAUGAAGACGCUGCAUCUUCGUGUACAGCAACAGAAUCAUACCGCAUUAAGGAUGGCCCAGUUUUUAGAGGAACAUCCUAAGAUUAUUCGUGUCUAUUACCCAGGUCUGCCUAGUCAUCCGGAGCAUCACAUUGCCAAACAACAAAUGACUGGUUUUGGUGGUGUGGUCAGUUUUGAGGUAGCCGGAGACUUGAGGACUACGAUGAAGUUCGUUGAUUCUUUAAAGAUACCUUACGUUGCACCCUCCUUCGGAGGUUGUGAGAGUAUUGUAGACCAGCCAGCCAUCAUGUCGUAUUGGGAUCUAAGUGCAUCUGAGAGAGCCACGUAUGGUAUCAAGGACAAUCUGGUCAGGUUCAGUUUUGGAGUUGAAGACUUUGAGGACUUGAAAGCUGAUAUCGUUCAGGCCCUUGAAAGCAUCUAGUUCUGCAACGAUAUCGCCUGUCUUUCUGUUCAGGAACCGAUCAGGCAGCAUUUUGUGUUUUAUUUUAAUGCCAAUCUGGCUGAUGCGACUUAUCUGUUUGACAUGGAUGUGCUGGUAAUCUGAUCUGUCACAUUUCUCAUCAAUCAAGUUUUCAGUUGGUAGGAGCUCAAA